UUGACAACUAAUGCAACAAUCGAUAGAUGGCGCUGAAACAAUUUGUUGCUGAAACUUGAAGGAAACAUGGCUGAAAGUCUAAGAACGUCAGGAGUUAGGCAACGUUUAAUUCAACCAGAAGCUGAAGAUCCUGAGUGGGAUCCAUCGUUACCUUACGGAGGAAAAGUUUAUUUAGCUAGAAAAAAGAAGCCGGACCCACUCCAUGUCAGAAUUAUUGAGGCAAUGGUUGUGAUUGGGACUUUAAUUUUUGCACUUUAUGCAUACUACUAUUUCGAUCACCUGCAUUUCCACGUCACUUAUGCAUAUGGAUGGCUAGGUUAUCCACAAGCUCAACAUCAAGUCGGACAACGAUAUCUUCAUGGCAAAGGAGUAGACAAACACGAGGGCAAAGCUAUGGAAUGGUUUAAAAAGGCUGCGGACCAAGGACAUCCACAUGCAUCUUAUAAUUUAGCUAUCGGUCAUAUGAAGGGGUACAAAACUGGACUUAAACCUGGAGAAUCUCAUCAGCUAAUUGCCCAUGCAGCUUCAAAGGGUGUAAAGGAGGCCCACAGGGUUUUGAAUGAAGUUUGUGCACGAGGAGGAUGUAAACAUUAGAGUAUACAAUGUUUGUUACACAGCUAUGCAAGAGAAAUAAAUUGAUUUUAGUUAAAACUUUGUUAAACUUUAAUGAAUAAUUGACCAUCUGAACAGCCUUUUUAAACUGAAUUAACAAUAAUGGUUACAGUUCAAAGAUUGUUUAAAAACCACAGUACAUGGUAAUCAAUUAUGUUUUCCCCAUCUAAAUAAGUCAUUAUAUUGAUUUGUAUAAUUGUUAGUAUUGAUAUUUCAUGAGUUUUUAUGCUUGUUAUAUAACUCGGGAACUUUAUGAUUCGACAUUUUAGUGGUGGGUAAUAUACUAUUCUAAUAUGCAAGGGUGGAUUCCGGCGGCGCAGGGUGCACACAGCUCGCCUCACUAAAAUUGAAAAAAAAUAUUGUUUUUGGCUUUAAACACCUCCAGCAUAUUUUGUUAGUGUCGCUCCCCCUCUAACCUCAAAUACUGGAUCUGCACCUAUCUAUCCAUUGUAUAUAUGUACCCAAUAAGUAUGUAAAUUGUGUUUGCUUUAAGCAAAU